AUGCCUCAGUCCGGGAAGAAAAAGGGGCGCAAGUCUGGUGGGCCGCGCAGGUCGAGCGCCAGCGCCGCAAAGCCGGACCUCAAGCCUGUUGCGCUCGGAGUCGAUCUGGGCACGACGAACAGCCAGGCAUUCCUGAUCAAGGAGACGAACCACAGGCUCAGCGCCAUCAAGGUCUCCGACGGCGUGAUUCCCUCGGUUGCGCUCUUCAACGUCUACGGGGAGUGCCUGGCCGUGGGCAAGGAAGCUCAGUCCAGGUUCGAGGACGGAGAACGCGGCAUGUUCCUCUGCGCGGACGCGAAGCGCAUGCUCGCGCGCGCCAAACAGCACCUCCCGGACGGCCUGGAGAAGGCCGCCUUUUGCCCCAUCGUUGACAACAAGGACGGUUACGCGUGCUUCGCGCUGGACAGCAACCCCGGUACCGCUUCUCAGGCCGUCCUCGUCAAGCCGGAGACGGUCCUCUUGGCCGUCGUCCGCGAACUCGUCAGGCUCGCAAACACCAAGCUGGUGUCGUGCGAGUACGUCUCCAAGGUCGUCGUCGCGAUUCCGCACGGGUACAUCCCGAAGGCCCGCGAGCUGACCCUCUGGGCGGCCACCGAGGCGGUCGGGACCGGGGUGGGCGUCGAGCUCAUGCCGGAGCCCGCUGCGGCGGCCACCACGUUCCUGAAAUGGCUCGCCAACCCCAACGUCAGCCCUCACCACGUGGUGCUCGUGGUGGACGUCGGCGGCGGCACGACGGACGUCACGAUCGUGCGCGGCACGUGCAGCUCGGACUUCGAUGGGCCUCCGACGAGCGUGGUCGUGCUGGCGACGGCUGGAGACCCCGCGUGUGGCGGGCGCGACGCCGACGCGCUGCUCAAGCCGCUGGUCCUCGAGCAGUGCAGGUUCCAGGAGGUCGACGACGACGUCCCCGAGCAGCGCGAGGACGGGCGCGACAACCCGCGCAGGUCGGCGGUGAAGCGCAAGUUCACGGCCUUCGUGGAGUCGUUCAAACUCAAGAUCUGCAGUGCAGCAGGCGCGGACGACGCCAAGAUCACGAAGCACUGGACGGGCACGAAGCUUGGCCGGCCGGUCUCGCUGGCGCCCAGGGACUACCGUUCGGCGGUGCGGCCCGUGUACGAGAAGGUCGCCGCCGCGGUGACCAGGGCCAUCAAGGAGGCGCGCGACAAGAAGGCGAUCGACGCCCGGGGCGGUGUCGACCACGUGGUGCUCGUCGGGGGCGCGUCGGGCGACCCUGGGGUCCGCGCGGCCGUCCAGAAGGCGCUCAGCGCGGCCUCGCUCAGCCCGAACUUUGAGCUCUCGCUCGACGUCAACGAGGCCAUCGCCCAGGGCGCGGGCUGGUACGCGUGGGCGAGGCACCUCGGCGACGAGAUCAUGGAGGACGUGGUCCCGAUGGACAUCGGCAUCGGGAUGAAGCCCAACGGGAGCCGGGAGAAGCGAAUCUUCAAAUGCAUUCCCGCCAACACGCCCAUCUCGGAGGCAGUCUACGAGAACGAGGUCGACUGGUCCACGGCCGAAGACAACCAGGACAGCGUGGAGUUCGAGAUCUUCGUGAACACGCCCAACGGACGCAAGAACCCGUACAUGGACAUCCGAUCGAGUCGUUGCAUCAAGAAGGGCGAGAUUUCUGACCUACCCCCCGGGCCCCAGGGCCAGAGGUUCAGCGUCAAGAUGGACGUUGACUGCAACUUGGUCAUCGCGCUGGCGUCGAGGCUGCUACAGCCGGGCUGCGAGCCCCUCGUCCUCAGGGCCCGUGUCGACGACCCCGGUCAGACCAGCCCCGCGCAAACGAGGAGCGCGCGCGCGACGGAGGCCGGCGCGAGCGGCCGCAGCGCCGGAACGUCUCCGGGGCGGGCCCGCGCGAGCCGCACCCGGGCGCGCGACGACGGCCAGGGAUCGACGGACAAGGGGCGGGCCACAAAGGCCCGCCGGCACGGAUGA